UUUUUCAUUCGUUGUUGUUCAAGGUUUUGAUUUGUGUGUUUUUUUAACGUGUGGAGUGUUAGUUGUAGUAGUUUGACAUUUCUCAUUUUUAUACAUUCAAUUUCUUCGUCUUCUUCUUCUUCAAAUCAUCAUUGAUUUGAUUUGACGUCAUUAAUUAACCAAUCGGAUUUAUAAAUAUAUAAAGCCGAAAUCGCUGGAUCUUUGGUUUUCAGUGUAAUUUUUUUUUCGUAUUCUUAUCCAGACCAAUAAUAAUCAUCAUGGCCAUUCAAUUCAAUAAUUAUCGUUUGAUGGGUAUCACGAUUAUUGUCGUGUUAAUUUUGAUAAAUAGUUUUCUUGUAAAACAAUCACAAUCGGCACCGGUUCCUUCGGUGGAAGAUUCUAUUACAACACCAAAAUUGCUACAUUCAGAAGAUGAAUCAAGUUUGGUGACAAAAUCUACUAAUAUAAAAUCAAAUGAUGAAAAUGUUGUUACGACGACAAACGAACCAUCAUCAGAUUAUGAUGAUGAUGAUGAUGAUACUGACGAUGAUGAUGAUGAUGACAAUUCCAAACAAAAAGAUACAGAAUCCGAUGAUGACGACAACGGAUGUAUAAUUAAAUUAUAG